AGACCAAUAUGGCCGCGCCGGUGAUCGAGAAGAAACGGUUCUUCUGCCGGGAAUGGGCGUUCGUGAAACUGUCCCAUUGCUUGGAGCAGAGGCCAGCCUCGAAAACCUGCGGCGCGUUGGUCGUCGGUGGGCCAGGAAGCGGGAAAACCGCGCUCUGCGCCGAACUGGCCUGGCCGUCGACCACCGCGAACGCUAGACACCAGAGGUCACUGAACAGGAGAUUGCUCGCCAGGCACUUUUGCCAGGCGAGAAGCGAGGCUUCCUUGUCGCCGGCCCAGUUCGUUAGGUCCCUGGUCGCUCAGCUUCUACAGGCCAGCUCGGAUGGAAUUCACAGAGCGUCUCCAAAUUCGCCAACACCUGGCAGCACCGCGACGACAACCACCACCACCAACGCCACGACGAACCCGUUAACCUCGAGGGAAGCGGUGGCCGAGGCCUACGCCGAGAAACUUCGAACGGACCCCGAGAUCCAAGCUGCUCUGCAACCAGACGUGCUCGACCGAGAUCCCGACGACGCGCUGAAAAAGGCUCUUCUCUUCCCGUUGCUGGAGGUCGAGCCGCCGAAGAGCUGCCUGUUCCUGUUGGUCGACUCGAUCGACGAAGGACAGACACUGAAUCCACCGCAGACCGGCACCAGAGACUCGAGACGCGAGAACGAGAAUGUCAGCCGAACGAUCGCCGAACUGUUGGCGAACCAUCACCACUUGUUCCCCCAGUGGUUAUUGCUGGUCUGCACCGCUAGACGUCAGAGCAAGACGAUCUCGAGGAUGUUCACAGGAUUUCGGAAGAUCUCGUUGGACGAUCUGAGGAAGUCACACGUGGUCAGGGAUGUACAGCAGUAUAUUCUUGCACGGUUGGAUCAGGAAGACGCGCUCAGGCAGCACAUCUCGUGCGACACGGCCGAGAUGCUGAACCAGCUGCACAUCAAGAGCAACGGCUGUUUUCUGUACCUGGAGAAGGUUCUCGACGGUGUCGCCGAGAACUUCAUAGUCCUGCGCGAGGUACGCGAGAUACCGGGCACCCUGAACGGUCUCUACCUCUGGCUGUGCCAACGAAUGCAGGACUUCAAUCGUCGUCUCCACCUUCUGCGCCGUGUCAUCUCGGUGUCCCGUGCUGGCGCCCUGAUGUUGUUCCAUCACAGUUUCGCCGAAUGGUUGCUGGACGUGAAACACUGCACGCAAAAGUAUCUUUGCUCCGCGAUCGAAGGCCACGCUAUGCUAGCCGGUUACUACACCGUUCGCGGGUCAGAUUUAAAUCCCGAUGAGAUCUGUGUGCUGGGACAGCAUCUCCAACGGUCCAUCACCAAUGUAGCCACCACAAACUGCAAUCUCGAUGUCCAUACACUUCAGGUGCUGUGGAUGAUCGGUAGCGGGGCACCGAUCGAAAAUUGCUACCUGGACAGCUCCGAGUGUAUUCUCUGGCCGAGGCAAGAGGUUAAGCUACUGAAAUUGCUUAUCGACGCUGGGGCGAAACCGUCUGAAAAGGUGGCGGAGGACGACGCCAGCAAAGAUGCUGUUUCUUCUAGUCAGGUUUCGCAGGACGUUAGCCCAAUCGAUGAGUCUCCUAGCGAACCGUUAACAGAGCUGCUUGGCGAGAGCGGAGACAUCAAUCAAACAGAUUCUUGUGGCCGAACAGUGCUGCACACGCUUGCUGCAGACGGUAAUGCAUCUUUGUUGGAAUUGGCUCUAGCGACGUGCCCUCAGGCGAAAUUGGAAGCCACUGAUCGUCAUGGUCAGACACCGUUGAACUUGGCUUCGAGGCACGGCUACGCGGACGUGGUGCGAGUGCUUUUGGCUGCUGGUGCCUGCGCAGAUCAUGCGGACUGUGAUGGUUGGACCGCUCUCAGAGCUGCUGCCUGGGGAGGGCACACUCAGGUCGUCGAGAUGCUCUUGGAGCACGGAGCGAUAGUCGAUUGCGCUGACUGGGAUCAACGAACCGCGCUGAGAGCAGCUGCGUGGGGUGGCCACGAGGACAUCGUUAAAGCACUUCUCCAGCACGACGCCGACGUCAACAGAACGGACGACGAGGGCAGAACCGCCUUAAUUGCCGCCGCCUACAUGGGCCACAGUGAGAUAGUCGAACACCUUUUAGACUUCGGCGCGGAGAUCGAUCAUGCUGAUAGCGACGGAAGAACGGCCCUCAGUGUCGCUGCUUUGUGUGUUCCAUCGAAUCACGGCUACGCGAAGGUGGUCACGAUACUCUUGGAGAGGGGAGCUGCUGUCGACCACCAGGACAAAGACGGCAUGACGCCGUUACUAGUGGCAGCCUUCGAAGGACACCGUGACGUCUGUGAGCUGCUCUUGGAAUACGAGGCGGACGUGGAUCACUGUGACGCCACCGGUCGUACACCUUUAUGGGCAGCAGCCAGUAUGGGUCACGGAUCGGUUGUCGCCCUUUUGUUAUUCUGGGGAUGUUACGUUGACAGCAUCGAUAACGAGGGCAGGACCGUUCUCAGCGUGGCUGCUGCCCAAGGUGGCACUGAUGUGGUGAAACAAUUGCUGGACAGAGGUUUGGACGAACAACACCGAGACAAUUCUGGUUGGACACCUCUACAUUAUGCUGCCUUCGAAGGCCAUAUCGAUGUGUGUGAAGCGUUGCUAGAAGCUGGAGCGAAAAUCGACGAAACAGACAACGAUGGAAAGGGAGCCUUGAUGCUAGCAGCGCAAGAGGGGCACUAUACUCUGGUGGAAAGACUCCUGGAACAUCAUGGUGCGCCAAUUGAUCAACACGCCCAUGACGGAAAAACUGCUCUAAGACUUGCAGCUCUGGAAGGGCAUUAUGACACUGUCAGGGUACUCUUAGCCCAUAACGCUGAUGUCAACGCGAAAGAUGCAGACGGCAGGAGCACUCUGUACAUCCUUGCCCUGGAGAACAGGCUGGCAAUGGCGCGAUUUUUAUUGGAACAUGCGCGUGCCGAUGUAGAAAGUAGGGACUCGGAAGGCAGAACUCCUUUGCAUGUAAGUGCUUGGCAAGGACACGUUGAGAUGGUGGCUCUUCUAUUAACGGAGGGUAGCGCGAAUGUAAAUGCCUGUGACAACGAAAACAGAACCCCUCUCCAUUCUGCAGCCUGGCAGGGGCAUGCUGCCAUUGUCAGACUACUUCUAGAGCAUGGGGCUACGCCUGAUCACACUUGUAAUCAAGGCGCAACAGCUCUGGGUAUUGCUGCCCAAGAAGGCCACGAACACUGUGUUCGAGCACUCCUAAAUCAUGGUGCUGAUCCCAGUCAUUCCGAUCAUUGUGGCCGUAACGCAAUCAAGGUAGCUGCCAAGAGUGGACACGACACAGUUGUUAGGCUCCUUGAAGAACACUCGGCUAACCAACGAAGUCUCAGACCUGGCAUUAAUGGAGGUGGAAGUAGUAGUGCUACUUCGGUAACCUCCAAUUCAACAGCGGAGACAAAACCAUCGUCCGCGAUUCUGAAUCCUCUCUCGACACAGUACAGUCCCGCGGAAUCGCCAGACUCGACGAAGAGGAGAAGCUGCGUGUCCCUGGGGAAUAACUCCAGCAACAGUAAAUCCAGCAGUAACUUAACCGGCAGCACAAAGAGCGAUCAAGGGAAAUUCAAUCAGAACUCGAUGGUGAAUCAGGUAAUAAAAACACCAUUAUCUUUCACGCAACAACUUCAACAAUGCUCGAGGGGAGCGAAGAGUCGACCGCUCAGCAAACUUUUGUCGCCGUUGAAAAGUGAACCGCAGAGCCCUAUCUAUGCAUCGCCACCUCAUUCGCCGUUAAGUGACAGCCUCAUACCCUACUCGCCCACGAACACCAGCCCGCCGAGCGCGAAAACGGCAGCGAACGUGAUACAGAGCCAGUUGGGGGUGUCCCUGUUGACCGGGAACCAGAACAUACCGUACAAGGCGCAGCUAAGCGGUUACAGUCACACAGCGGCGAUUUACGAGCCGAUCAACAUAAAGACCGAGAUCAUCGAUAAGAACGACGUUAGCAAACCGUUUGAACUGACUAACGAGAUGUUAGGUUUGAGUGUCGCGAAAGAGAAGAAGAACUCGGCCGAUACUCAUUUCACCAGGGACACUCACAUGAGGAUAAUUCUGGGGAAUAGUGGAGCUGGUGUUGGCAGGAGUGUAAAGUCUAUAUCUGACCAUACGCCUGCCAGUGCAAGUAACGCAAAACCAAAGCGCAAUGGCUUGGUGUCCAAUCCAGCCAUGAGAUUAGUAGCGAGUGUUAGAAACGGAAUUGAGAAUGCGACUAAUAGAAAUAAACCCAUUACGACGCAAGUAAACGGAUUUCAGUGGAAAGCGGAGGCACGAAAGGAAACACCUUUGUAGGGACAGGUUGUGUUGACAGAAACACCUCAACAGGACACCGGAAUCCGUUACUGUGGCUGGCGAAUCGUAAUCACCAAAAAGCGAAAGUCAAUAAACAA